CAGCUCUUAAUGUGACAUGUGAAGACGGAUACAAAUCAUUCGGCAAUGGCCUUUCUAAAGUUUAUUAUUGUCACACUUUAAUGAGAGCACCACAAAGAGAAAUGCAAGAAGUGACUUCUGUUCAAGGUUUGAGUGUCAAGAAUAAAACCAUUAAAGAUGUUGAAGCCUUUUUGGUGUACAGACAGAAUGUAAGAAUCGUUCCAGAUGGGAUAAAUAAAUUCUUUCCUAACUUAAAAGUUCUUGUGAUUGAAAACUCUGAGUUGGACAGCUUUAAUCAAGUGAAUAAAUUGAAGAAGUUGAAGUAUUUAAACCUUCAAUACAAUAAAAUUGAAGCGUUGUACAAUGAUUCAUUUUACGGAUUACAAAAGUUGGAAAAGAUUUUCAUGAGUGGAAAUAAAAUUCGUAAAAUAGAAACUGAAACAUUUUCCAAUUUAAUGAAUUUAAAACUUCUUUCUUUAAAUGACAAUAUGCUGCAUAAAAUUAAUGAGAAUUUAUUCAGAAGCAAUCCAAUGUUAGCUUCACUAAGAUUUUCAAACAAUCAACUUAACAAAAUUAAUGUUGAAAUAUUUCGUCCACUCAAGAAAUUAAUCGAAUUGAACUUUAGCGGAAACAGAUGCAUUGACGAUUCAUAUCCAUUAACAAUUUCAAUAUUGAGUGAAUUUUUAAAUUUAAUUGACAAAAAUUGUUGAUAAAAAUUAUUUGUAACAGAAUCUACAGGAAUAAUUUUCUUAAUUAUGUAAACUUGUA